AUGGGUGUGUCAAUUGAGACAUACAGACUACGAAUUGGUUCACAUAACAACUUUGUGCAAGCACGACAGUCCAUGAAUCAAAUGAAAGGUAAAUUUUGGAACCAUAUGUUAGUAAUGUUCUACUUAGAAAUAUUUUAUUUACCAUGCUUGAAAAAUCUAGUUACAAAGAUUGAAAGUAAUAAUGAAGUUUGCAUGUGGUAUACACAAAUGGUAUCUUAUCAUGUUUACGUACCAUUGCUAUUGAGGCUUGCAAAUGAUGUGGAGGAAAAACCCGGCCCAAUUAACAUUUAUGAUAUUGUUGAUCAUAGUUUUACGGUUCGAGCAGACUUCAACCAAGGUAAUAUAUCCAUGUUUGGCAUAAAUGCUGGAAAACAAUGUGUUGCCAUGUCAAUUUAUGCUAUUGUAUACAAUGAAAUAAAAUCUGUUUAUAUUUGGGAUACUCCACUUAUGAACAUGCUUCUAGUUAAUGCAAACAAUCUUUAUGCCAUAAUUAGUCAGCACAUUCAGAAAGAUUUCUUGUUGCUCACUGAUGUUCCUGAAAUAUUGUCUAUCAACAAUGAUACUUUUAAUUUGGAGUGCAGUGACUCUUUUUCUGGAGCAUUAUGGAUGGAAAAUAACAAUGAACCGUAUGUUACACUUGAACAUGCCUUUCAUGAAGUAUUUGAUGCGGGCAAUUAUAAAGCACGCUUACUUACUAUUCAAGCAAACACUGUUGCAGUUUUAAUUCCUUUCCCAGAUGUAUUUAAAGUUUUUGAUUCUCAUUCACGAGAUAUGCAUGGAAUGCCAGCGGCAAUGGGUUAUAGUGUUUUAGUUUCUAUUGAAGGAAUACAAAACCUUACAAGAUUUUUUCAUAACAGUU